AGUUUUUACAAGAGGUGUACAGUGACAUAAUGUUGAUGAAUUUAGUAUUGUAAUACUUUAGGUAACAAUGAGAGUAAAAGCUGCGUCUCACUUCGCUUCCUUUAUUAUUCAUCGGUUUAUCGUGAUGAGAGAAAUCAAUAUUAAUACAUGAUUCAGUGAUUCAAAGCUCUCGAAUUACCGCUCACUGAAGCUGCUGCUCAAAACAACGAGAACAACAAACACAAUCAUGAUGAUAAAGCAACUGCAAUUUAAGUCCACUUGAUACACUGUUAUAAAGAUGGAGUUUAUUAAAAAGGAGAGAGAAGACAUGAAGAUUGAAGAAACAUUCAAAGAUGAAGAUACUGAGGAACAAACAGACCUGAUGUCACUAAAGGAAGAGAAGCAAGAACUUACAAAGAUAGAAGAGAAAGAUGAAUAUGAAAGACUUGACUUCAUGACCAUGGGAAAAUCCAUACAGACUGAAACCUCUUCACACACUGGAGAGAAGCCUUUUGCCUGCACACUGUGUGGGAAGAGCUUCUCAUGCAAACCAUCUCUUAAGAGUCACAUGGUCGUUCACACUGGAGAGAAGUUUCCAUGUGAUCACUGUGGAAAGUGUUUCAGACAUAAAUCAUCUCUUAAUUCACACAUGAAAGGUCACACUGGAGAGAGUCCGUAUACCUGCAGAAUGUGUGGAAAGAGCUUCUCAAUUAAAUCGACCCUUAAUGCCCACAUGAGGAGUCACACUGGAGAGAAACCCUUCAUUUGUGAACUGUGCGGCAAGAGCUUCACACAAAAAGGAAAUCUUACGGGUCACAUGAAAACUCACACAGGAGAGAAGCCUUUUGUGUGUGCUCAGUGUGGAAAAUGUUUUUCACGUGAAACAAACCUUACUUACCACAUGAGGAUUCACUCAAAGGAGUAUAAUUGUCAGCAGUGUGGACAGAGAUUCCCAGACAAGAGACGCCUUAGUUGGCAUGAAAAAGAUCAUUCUCGAGAGUCUUUCACGUGCCAUGACUGUGGAAAGAGUUUCAGACUGAAAGGUCAAUUUAAGGUCCAUAUGAGAAUCCACACUGGAGAGAAACCAUUUGCCUGCACUCACUGUGGAAAGAGUUUCAGUCAGAAAGUUACACUUCAGAUUCACACGAGGCUUCACACUGGAGAGAAACCAUUUACCUGUCUUCAAUGUAAGCGGAGCUUCACAUAUCAACGAGACCUGAAACGUCAUUUCCAAAAACAUUCUGGAAAGAACCAACAGUCCUCUGCAAGUAGAAAGAGGCUUACAAAAGUAGUCUGAAAGAUCAAAAGCAUGAUCGCUCUGGAGGAAGGCAGUUUAAUUAUAAUCUGUGUAAGAAAACAUUUCUUUUUGCCAUCGCACUUGCAGAUAGCCCUGAAAAAAGUCACACAGAUGUGGACAAUAUUUCUGUUCUUCAUGUGGAAAUUGUUUUAAAUGUCUCAGCAGUUUAAAAUAGCACCUGAAAAUAUGUAUGUGUGAAAUUAUCGCUGCGUUCACACUGCAGCUGUCCUAAAUCUAAUUGUCCACCUUUAUGACCAAUUGCACUUUUCACCUCUUUAUGAAUGACAUUUUAUUUAUUUAACUAUUUAAUUAUUUAAUUACUUAUUUAUUUUUUGUCUUAUACUUAUGAACGGCUGUGAACACACCUGACCAUCUACUUUGUCCAGUUGUUCUGAAAAAUUGGGUUUGUUACCAGACACAACUUUGUGAAUAUGAAAUUCAUCUUUGAAACUUUGCUGGAUUAUAUACAUUCACCACUGUCAAAAGUGAAUGUCAUAAGUGAGAUUAUUAUUAGCUCAGGUGAUGUUAAUUGUAAAGUGAAUUCGUUAUUAAACUCAAUUCAUAAAAAAAAAUAAGUGUAAUUGCCUCCCAGAAAUGUCUUACACGAUUGCAUUUCCAAACAGUAGCAUCCACAUCCAAAACCAAUUAGUGCAUUCAUCUGCUCGCUCUGAGGUGCAAGUCACUUAUUAUACAGGUACUGGUCAUAUAAUUAGAAUGUCAUUAAAAAGUUGAUUUAUUUCACUAAUUCCAUUCAAAAAGUGAAACUUGUAUAUAAUAUUCAUUCAUUACACACAGACUGAUAUAUUUCAAAUGUUUAUUUCUUUUAAUUUUGAUGAUUCUAACUGACAACUAAGGAAAAUCCCAAAUUCAAUUUCUCAGAAAAUUAGAAUAUAACUUAAGACCAAUACAAAGAAAGGAUUUUUAGAAAACUUGGCUAACUGAAAAGUAUGAAGAUGAAAAGUAUGAGCAUGUACAGCACUCCAUACUUAGUUGGGGCUCCUUUUGCCUGAAUUACGGCUGCAAUGUGGCGUGGGAUGGAGUCGAUCAGUCUGUGGCACUGUUGAGGUGUUAUGAGAGCCCAGGUUGUUCUGAUAGUGGCCUUCAGCUCUUCUGCAUUGUUGGGUCUGGCAUAUCACAUCUUCCUCUUCACAAUACCCCAUAGAUUUUCUAUGGGGUUAAGGUCAGGUGAGUUUGCUGGCCAAUUAAGAACAGGGAUACCAUGGUCCUUAAACCAGGUACUGGUAGCUUUGGCACUGUGUGCAGGUGCCAAGUCCUGUUGGAAAAUGAAAUCUGCAUCUAAAUAAAGUUGGUCAGCAGCAGGAAGCAUGAAGUGCUCUAAAACCUCCUGGUAUACGGAUGUGUUGACCUCUGACCUCAGAAAACACAGUGGACCAACACCAGCAGAUGACAUGGCACCCCAAACCAUCACUGACUGUAGAAACUUUACACUGGACCUCAAGCAGCAACAUGGGCUGUGUGCCUCUCCUCUCUGCCUCCAGACUCUGGGACCAUGAUUUCCAAAGGAAAUGCUAAAUUUACUUUAAUCAGAGAACAUAACUGUGGUCCACUCGGCAGCAAUCCAGUCCUUUUUGUCUGAUAGACGCUUCUGACGCUGUCUGUUUUCAAGAGUGUCUUGACACAAGGAAUGCAACAGCUGAAACUCAUGUCUUACGUCUGUGUGUAGUGGUUCUUGAAGCACUGACUCCAGCUGCAGUCCACUCUUUGUGAAUCUCCCCCACAUUUUUUUAUGGUUUUUGUUUCACAAUCCUUUAGAGGGUGCGGUUAUCCCUAUUGCUUGUACAAUUUUUUUUCUACCACAUCUUUUCCUUCCCUUCACCUCUCUAUUAAUGUUAUUGGACACCGUGCUCAACCAGCCUCUUUUGCAAUGACCUUUUGUGUCUUGCCCUCCUUGUCCAAGGUGUCAAUGAUUGUCUUUUGGACAACUGUCAAGUCAGCAGUCUUCCCCAUGAUUGUGUAGCCUACUGAACUAGACUGAGAGACCAUUUAAAGGCUUUGCAGAUGUUUUGAGUUAAUUAUCUGAUUAGCGUAUGGCACCAGGUGUCUUCAAUAUCGAACUUUUUCACAAUAUUCUAAUUGUCUGAGAUACUGAAUUUGGGAUUUUCAUCAAAAACAUCAAAAUUAAAAGAAAUAAAAAUUUGAAAUAUAUCAGUCUGUGUGUAAUGAAUAUAUAUAAUAUAACAAUUUCCAUUUUUUGAAUGGAAUUCGUUAAAUCAACUGUUUGAUGAUAUUCUAAUUAUAUGACCAGCACCUGUACAUUAAUUUUAAUAUAUUCUCCUACUUUUAUUUAGUGACUUAUAGUGCCAGUUUGAAAAGUGAUAAUUUUAUAUUCUCCUACUUUGAAUGGAAACCUGGGUACAGACCCUACAGCACUAUGGGACACAAAGGUGCCUGAAGUGUACAGGUAAACUCACUUAUUUCAAUCUCAACCAAAAUUAUGGUCUGGAUGAAAACUUUGUAUCAGUGUCACCUGAUGUUUGAUCACGACCUAAUAAAAUAUAAAUCAACUUGAAAAUAUAGAUCCGUACAAUAAACUGACAAUAAUGUAAUUACAGGCUGUUACUGAAAAUAAGAACCUGUUCUUAAUUGAUCUGGUAAAUAAAGGUUAAAUUAAUUGAUUAUAAAUGAAUUAAAAAAUGAAACCAUUCUGAGAGCAGACUGUAGAAAAAGCAGAAGAGUGCAUUGCUUUUAGGUGACUAGUUUAGCUAGCUCCUAAUUUGCUCACCAUUCACCAAGGGUCCUGUGAAAGUAGUGGUGGUGGCAUGAUCUGCCAUCUUCUUUUGGGAGAUUUAAAGUCAGAUUUUGGUUGCAUUGGAUCUGUUUACUAAAUCAGUUAUGAAUGCACCUGAUAAGUGGUGGAGCUUGCUGAACUGAAACAUUUGCAGCAGGUGCUUCAAUUGGAGUGCUUUCUAUUGCUUGGGAAUCAGAUGGAUAGGAAUCUGUAGACUGAGGUUUCGCCUUAGCAUCAGCAGAUGACCAUUAGGGUGUAUUCACACCUGUCUUAUUUGGUUUGAUUGAAACUAACUCCGGUUUGUCUCCUCCUUUGGUACGAAUUGUUUUGGCAGGUGUGAAUACAGCAAUCGCAAUGGGGUGCACACCAAACAACCUAACUGAGACCCAUCUGAAGAUGUGGUCUCGGUUCAUUUCCAAACUAACUCUGGUAUGGUUCGAUUAAGGUGUGAAUAUGAUCUGAACUUGAUCUGAUCCAACUGCAGAAAGCACUGUGACUUUUGCAUUAACAGCCUCCCGUAGUUGGAGUUGCCUUACCGGAAUGUGUUGAGUUAGCCACAUUUGCUAGCCAUUGAAAAAUGAGUUGUGGAUCGACCUGGAGCUCCAAAGAGACACACAGCCUCAUUGACGUGUUCAGGAAGUUCAGGGAAAGGAUAAAGGAGAGGGGAUUUGAGUAGAGGCAGUGGAGGGCAGUGGCGAUUGCAUCAUCGGUUGAGAGGUUGGACCUGGAAACUGGAAGGGGGUUCCAGGAAUUUUGUCAGGACCCGGAGCUUUGCAUGCGUUGAUCCUGCUGAAGGAUAUCCUCACACUGUCCGGGGACAGCGUCAUCACCUGGCACCGGGAUGCGGUGGAGUCUUCUGUGCAGUGGUGCUGUUUUGUUGCUUAAAGCGAGCAAAGAAGGUGUUCAGCAGAGAGAUGAUGAUUUCACAGAUCUGUGGUGGGGGCUUGUAGUCCGUAAUGGUCUGUAUCCCCUGCCACAGGCUCCAGGUCUCUCUGCUGUCACUGAAUUGAUGGGUUAUCCUCCUGGAGAACUGUCUCUUAGCCUCUCUGAUGCCGCGGGAUAGGUUUGCCCUAACUGUCCUCAAGCCCACCUCAUCUCCAGCUCUGAAGGCAAUCUGUAGACCUCCCCUGUCAUCCAUGGCUUCUGGUUGGCCCAGACAUUGAUGGUUUUUGUGACUGUUACAUCAUCAAUGCACUUGUUGAUGUAGGCAGUGACAGUCUUUGAGUACUCCUGGAGGUCAGUGGAGUUAUUGUAUGUGGCAGCAUGCUUAAACAUAUUAAACAAAAUCCCGCAACUAACACAGAGUUUAAAGCCAAAAAAAGUUUAAUUUAGCCAAUAUAUUGCCCCUUUUGGUUAAAGUAGUCUACUGGUUGGAUAGAUGUAGACUUGGUAGGUAUAUGGCAGCCAUUAAUAACUCCAGCACCUUGGGGGCAUCCCCACCCAUCCCUAAAACCAUGUAGUAUUGUUCUUAAGUUAGCAUCAGAGGGUGUUUUGAUGUACAGUGGUUUCAGGAUUGUAUUUAUAGCUGUGACGACUUCUUGGACGAUGAGGCAAGGGGUCAUACCAACACCAAAGAGGUGGGAUACUGACCUCUAUUCUAGAUUAGUUGCUAGCCUCCACAGACAAAUUGCUAAACAAAUCUCUAGAUAGAGUGGUCUUCUGUAUCUGGUGUGUUGGUGGGUUAAACAGGGCCGGAGAAUGUGCUUUUUCUCAUUCUGAAAUUCAGCGACCACUCUCUGUCAGUCCAAUUGUUACUGAUAAAUUGCCACCAAUCCUGACGGCGUGGAUUGACCCAGAUUCUUCUUUAGAGAAGGAAGAACAAAAUUUGAAAGAAUUUGGAAUAGAUCGAGUCAGUUUCAUAUUGAGGAAACAACCUGAAACAACAACAGGCUUAUCUAUUAACCAUAGAUAGUCUUAUAGGAUAUCAAAUACUGUAAAGUGUAGAUUGUUUCUUAAUUACAAAGAAAACUACCUCCUAUGACGGAAAAAUGUGGUGUAAAAGUGCUUUGUGCCUAAGCAGAGUGCAACAUGAUUUUUAACAUGUAAUUUGGGUGGAUGAAAUGCCUAAACAGUUGUAUGCCAUAAUAAUAAUAGCAGUAAUAGUAAUCCUUUGAACAAUUAAACUUAGGACACAUAUCACUUUGAGCACUUGAUCCUUGUUACAACAUCGUGUAGAUGACAUAGUCUCAUCUGAUGUUCAUAAGUGUCUUCAUAUUGCAUUUGUAGCUGAUAACAGAAAAUCAGUAAAAUAAUAACAUCCGCACUGUGAGAAAUCUCCAUGAUUAGCCUGUUUUCAAAAUCCUGCUUUUCCCUGAAUUUUCUGUUAAAUGAAUGAAUGACCUUAGCACACGUGUGUUUUUGUUUACAAGUUCUGGUUCACUUGCAAAAAGGGCAGUGUGAAAGCGAACCGCACCAAACAAAAAACAUCAACAUUGUAUUUGGUCUGGACCAAGCAAGUGAACCAACACACAUUCCUGGUGUGAAUAGACCCUUAAAUAUAUCAUAACAGAAAUUAAUGGACAAUGUAAUGAUUGAUUUCAAUACAGUAAUGUAUCAACAAUGUUGUGCAAUAUAAAUGAAUAAAACCAGUGUGUUAAAUCAGUGCUAACUAAAUAAAAUAAAAAAAAUGUAUUUGUA